CCACUUGAACAACCAAGUAGUUUUUCAGGGCGCAUUCCCCGGCAGCAAUGUGGAGGGAAAGGGCGACUACAUCCAGCUGAACGUUUGAUUUUUUACACGUUUGCAUCGUUUUUUUUUCUUUCUUCCUAUUUUGUAAACUUUAGCAGUUCUUUUUUUCUGGGGGGGGUAAAACAAGCGAGUGGCUGACCCUCUCGUGUUUAUUUUUUUUUCUGUAUUUUUUUUAUUUAUUUUUUAUAACUCGAGCCAUUGUUUUCUCACACAUGGAUAUCAGGAGAUGAAAUCGGACGUGCGUCUUGUUGUUGCUUUCGCUUGAGUAACCCUCUCGGACUAGUGUAGUUUAUGUGGUCCCCGGGCUCCGUAGGAGGAGGAGAAGAGAGUCCUAUUCCUCGGCAGCGCAACCAGGAGAGACACGCAGGGGCCACAAGUUAUCCGCAGGCUGCGAAAGGACACCAAACUUUGCCAAGUUGCUGCGCAUCCGGCCGCGGACGCCAAACACACGAUAUCGAUAUUUUUCGAUCUCUGUCGCGACAUUUAACUGUGUGGAUUAUCAUCGCGAUCGAGGCUCGUCAUGGACUACUGGAGCCCGUUCAGAGGAUGAAAAGGGUCUUUUAAAAAAUAAGAAAAAAAGCAUCGACACUUUCUUGCAGUUAUAGUUCACUACUACGGCGGGGGACUCGUCUGGACUACGCUGAUCUGAUAAAGAAAAGAAAAGAAAAGUCAUUUGUUAUUGCGGUUGUUUCCCUCCCCUCCUCCUUCUUCUGAUAUCUAACGUUAUUCUGCAAAAAUGCCACAGUUGAACGGAGGCGGUGGGGAUGAUUUGGGGGCCAAUGAUGAGAUGAUCUCGUUUAAAGACGAAGGGGAGCCGGAGGAAAAGAUAUCCGAGAAUGUGUCAGCGGAAAGGGAUUUGGAUGAUGUGAAAUCCUCCUUAGUGAACGAGUCGGAAAACAACAGCAGCUCGUCGGACUCAGAGCAAGCAGAGAGGCGCCCCCAAACCAGACCCGACUUAGAAAGUUACGAGAAAGCGAGAGACUACUUCAGUGAAGCCCUAAGGAGGCAGCAAGAUGGUGGCUUUUUUAAGAGUCCUCACUAUCCUGGCUACCCGUUUCUCAUGAUCCCAGACCUCAGCAACCCGUACAUAUCCAACGGUUCACUGUCUCCGAGUGCAAGAACAUACCUGCAGAUGAAAUGGCCUCUCUUGGACGUCCCUGGAUCGGCAGGACUAAAAGACUCCCGUUCUCCAACACCGGGGCAUUUAUCCAAUAAAGUCCCCGUGGUGCAGCACGCCCACCACGUCCACCCUCUGACGCCCCUCAUCACCUACAGCAAUGAACACUUCUCCCCCGGCACGCCUCCGUCACACCUCUCCCCGGAGAUCCUCGACCCAAAGACAGGUAUUCCUCGGACGCCUCACCCCUCGGAGCUCUCUCCGUACUACCCGCUGUCUCCCGGCGCCGUCGGAUCCAUCGCACACCCUCUGGGCUGGUUCAUGCAGCAGCAGGGCCAGCCCAUGUACUCCAUCCCUCCGGGGGGAUUCCGUCACCCCUACCCAGCGCUGGCGAUGAAUGCAUCCAUGUCCAGCUUGGUGUCCAGCCGUUUCUCCCCCCACAUGGUGACUCCGCCCCCGCACGGCCUCCACCAGACGGGCAUCCCCCACCCGGCCAUCGUGUCCCCGGCCAUCAAACAGGAGCCCGGCGACAUGAGCCCCUCCAUGCACGCCAGGAAGUCGCCCAUUCCUCCCAAGAAAGAAGAGGACAAGAGGCCUCACAUCAAGAAGCCCCUGAAUGCCUUCAUGCUGUACAUGAAGGAGAUGAGAGCCAAAGUGGUGGCCGAGUGCACGCUGAAGGAGAGCGCCGCCAUCAACCAGAUCCUCGGCAGACGGUGGCAUUCCCUGUCCCGAGAGGAACAGGCCAAAUACUACGAGCUGGCCAGAAAGGAGAGGCAACUGCACUCGCAGCUCUACCCGGGCUGGUCCGCACGAGACAACUAUGGAAAGCGGAAAAAGAGGAAGAGAGACAAUAAACCCGACUCCAAACCAGAAGACUUCUCCAUCCGAAGCAAGAAGCAGUGCGUGCAGUACUUGCCCUCGGAGAAGAUGUGCGACAGCCCGGCUUCGUCCCACGGCAGCAUGCUGGACUCACCGGCCACGCCCUCGGCAGCCCUGGCCUCGCCCGCCGCGCCCGCCGCCACGCACUCGGAGCAGGCCCAGCCGCUGUCGCUCACCACCAAGCCGGAGGGGCGCAUGCACCACCACCACUUCUCCCUGGCCGGCAAGGCUUCUGGAUCCACAUCUUCUUCUUCUUCUUCUUCUUCUUCUUCCUCUUCUUCCUCCUCCUCCCAUCUCUCCAUCCCGAUUGGUUCUUCAGGUAGCCAUUCGACCACGCCCAUCCUUAGCCGGCCAAUCCCCUUCAGCUCUCUGCACCCCUCCAUGCUCUCCCCACCUUCCCCUUUCCAUCAGGCGGCCCUUCACUCCCAUCACGCCCUGUUCCAGUCGCAGCCCCUCUCCUUGGUUACCAAACAAUCCGACUGAGUGAAUCUGGAGAGGAAAAAAAAAAA